AUAUCCCAAGUCAUUCUCCGAAAAAGUUGUUGAUCCUGUCUGCAAAAAGGCGCCGCGCGCGCUCAUGCAUGUAUGCAGCUGGCCCGCGCGUUCUCUGCACCGGAGCGCGCGAGCACGUCUAUAUAAGCGUCCCCUCUCCCCUGCACCCAGCCAUCGUCUCCCGUGCUUCACUUGUAGCUAUCUACUCCAUCUAUCAAGCCCCCAGCUCAAAGACGUACGUACGCGGCGCUAGCUAUAUAUACUAAUUAGCUACAUCGAUCACUAGCUAUAGCUAGCUCGAUCGAUAACUUAUCAUCGUACUUCAAGGCGAUCAUGCAAUCUGCUGCCGUGGAGACGACGCCGGCGGCGGCGGCGGCGGCGGAGAACGGCGGCCAAGUGGUCGUCGUCGUCGGCGGGGGGUGGGUGGAUGGAUGCUGGGCGCGGGUGCGAGCGGCGGUGGAGGUGGCCGGGAGGUGGGUGGGCGGGCUGGCGAGGAAGGUGGGCGGGAUCGCGGCGGACGACCCGAGGAGGGUGGCGCACUCGCUCAAGGUCGGGCUGGCGCUGACGCUGGUGUCCGUGCUCUACUACGUGACGCCGCUUUUCAAGGGGUUCGGGGUCUCCACGCUCUGGGCCGUGCUCACCGUCGUCGUCGUCAUGGAGUACACCGUCGGUGGCACGCUGAGCAAAGGGUUGAACAGGGCCUUCGCGACGCUGGUGGCUGGGUUCAUCGCCGUCGGGGCGCAUCAGGUGGCUAACCGGUGCGGCGCACAGGGAGAGCCCAUACUCCUCGCCGUCUUCGUCUUCCUACUAGCGUCGGCGGCGACGUUCUCGCGGUUCAUACCGGAGAUAAAGGCGAGGUACGACUACGGGGUGACCAUCUUCAUCCUGACCUUCAGCCUGGUGGCCGUGUCGAGCUACCGGGUAGAGGAGCUCAUCCAGCUCGCGCACCAGCGCUUCUCCACCAUCGUCGUCGGCGUCGCCACCUGCCUCUGCACCACCAUCUUCGUCAUGCCCGUCUGGGCCGGCGAGGACCUCCACAAGCUCGCCGCCGGCAACCUCGACAAGCUGGCCGACUUCCUUGAAGGAAUGGAAACCGAAUGCUUUGGAGAAAGCGCUACGAGUGAGAGUUUGGAGGGCAAAGCCUUUCUCCAAGCGUACAAGAGCAUACUUAAUUCGAAGGCCACUGAAGACUCUCUGUGCAACUUUGCCAGAUGGGAGCCUGGUCAUGGAAAAUUCAGUUUCAAACACCCAUGGAGCCAAUACCAGAAGAUUGGAGCUCUUUCUCGCCAGUGCGCUUCUUCCAUGGAGGCUAUGGCUUCCUAUGUCAUCACACUCACAAAAUCUCAGUAUCCUGAAGCCAAUCCUGAGCUGUCCUUCAAAGUACGAACAGCAUGCAGUGAGAUGAGCUCACACUCUGCUCAGGCACUCAGAGAGCUCUCGGCAGCACUUCGAACAAUGACCGUACCAUCUACAACCUCCAUGUCUGCAGCCAUCAAAGCUGCCAAAACACUCAGGAGCGAGCUAUCAGAGGAUAAAGCUCUGCUGCAAGUGAUGCAUGUGGCAGUUACUGCAUCACUUCUUUCAGACUUGGUUACACAAGUAAAGAAAAUUGCAGAAUCUGUCGAUAACCUGGCACGACUUGCCUGCUUCAAAGUCCCUGAAAAAUCUCAGAAAGAAGUGGCUAUCAACAUCAUGAGUUGACAAACUGACUACGUCGAGAGCAUCAACACCAAAUGGGACAAACUAGUACGGCCUGCAAUUUUAUUGUGUAGGAGUAUUAGCAAGUGACUAAUUCUUCGAUGCUAGAAGUAAUUAUGAUGCUGAACUGUAAAAAUAAAACGUUGCAGCCUUCCGUACAACAAAGACUACUUAUAAGCAGCUAAAUAUAAAUGAACAGUUUUCUUCUUA